AUGGAUCCAACAGCUGAAGUUGAUGGAAUGUCUAAGCUAAUCACUAACGAUGUUAACAUGGCUCAGUCAUCGGAAUUCCAUGUUUCUGGUCACAAAUGGAGGUUGGUGAUUUAUCCAUCUAAGAAAGACCGCACAGAGACAAAGGACCAUUUGUGUUUUUACCUUAGGAUCUCAGAUAGAAAUUCUCUACCUUCUAACUGGGAAGUCAAAUGCAGUUUCAAACUCAGCAUAGUCUCUCAGACUAAACAUGUUCAGGAUAUAUCCAAAUCGUUUGUGGAGUGUUAUAAUGCAACAGAAGCAAUUAAGGGUGAAUACAGCUUCAUAUUACACUCGGUAUUGGAGAGGUAUAUUGUGAACGACAAAGUUGUUUUCUGUGCCGAGAUCACCGAGUUCAAGGUCGAACCAAAGUUGCUUGUUACCUCUAUCCCUCGAACCAUGGGGACAGCGAACCGCCUUAACAUAAUGGAGAUGCCUCGGGUAAACUCUAGAUUUACUUGGAAUAUCACUCAGUUUUCCUCCUUCGAUGGUGAACAACAUUCGUCCUACAAGUUCACGGUUGGACCACGGCAAUGGAACCUAGUGAUGUACCCAAAAGGAAAAGGAGAGGGGAAAGGAAAAUGGUUGUCUUUGUUUUUGCAUGCGUCCGAUUACGUGACCAAUGGUCCAAAGGACAGUACAUUUGCCAUUUAUAAAAUGCGAGUUUUUGACCAACUCCAGCGCAAACACUAUGAAGUCCCCGGACGAGAUUGGUUUGGCUAUAAUGCAAGCAGAGGGAAAACCAAGUUCUUGCCGCUAGAGGAACUCUACGAUCAACGAAGGGGACUUCUUGUGAACGAUCAGAUAUACAUCAGUAUUGAGUUUUUACUUGUCCCCACUACUGAGUAUCUCUGA